GGUUAACCUCUUGGUGAAAUAAUGUCCGGUAAUGUAUAUUUCCUGUCCAAGCUAACAGUAAAUUUAUUUCGUUAAUUAUUUUUGGUUAUAUAAAUUCGGUUUUUCUUUUUAAAACCCAUAUAUUACCUAAAACUUUUCUUCCCAUUUCAUUCACCCUGUGUUGUGGUUAAUAUCGUCCAACAGUGCAUGAUAUGGUCUUGGUAUCUAGCAGUUGAUAUGCAGUUCUUCAUCAUCACUCCACCCCUUCUGAUUCUAUUGUUUAAACGACCCAGAUUGGGCAUCGCAGCGACCGCGGUUGUAUGCGUUAUCUCAUUCAUAACUACUGCGUCGCUCACGGGCUAUUGGGGACUGAAGGCUGGCUUGAAUUCUGGGUUUUACAAUAACCGAAGCUUAGAGUUUCCAGACGCUCAGAGGAUCUACAACAAGCCCUACACCCGCAUCUCAACUUACCUCGUCGGCAUUUUAACAGGAUAUGUCAUGUUCGCAUACGAAAGCCGAAGGCCUAGAAUUCCAAAG